AUGUCUUGGGAUAAAGCAAAAUAUAUGCUAAAUGACCUUUUCAGUGAUGAAGAGGAACGCGGCGUGAUCAGAGGCUGCCUUCUGAAGAAGACAGAAUCUGAACGCUUGGAAUAUUUUGUGGAAAGUUGCAAGGAAAUUACCACUGCUCUCAGAACACUCCUACCAUCAGCAGCUUCAGCCACCACAGGUAACGACCUUGUGACCUGGUGUUGGGGCAUAGAUAGAGCAUUGAAAAGAUAUCAUUCUACAUUCAAUUGA